AUGCCGGAAGAAUUUUCCUCUGUCACUGUCAUUCAAUCAUAUUAUAUGUACUUUAUGGAUGAUAAUGUCAAGUGUACAUCGCCCGACAUCAAUAUCGAAAUUGGAAAUUAUUUAUACCCUCAAAUUGGUUUCAAUACAUCUUUCCAAAGCAAUCAUUGCUUCAAAAAAGGCCAUGUAAAUCCUGGAGAUGGGGUUGAUGACUGGAUUAUUCCAGGUGAUAUGGUUUGGAAUGUAACCAUCAAUCUUGAAAAUGGAGCAAGCACUGGCAUAAUAGGCCUUUCCUUUCGCACAAAGUCAUUAAUUCUGGUCUAUGGCGAUGCUGAUAAUCCACAAAUUGCUAUUUUUACAACUGACCUCUGGUCAAUGAUGAACAGUUUUCCAUUCCAAUCACGAUUUGGAAUGAGCUAUAAUGAUUCUAUUGAUUUUGCACAUGUUUCACUCCAUUCUACCUUACCCAGUAAAGUUGCUUUAUACGGUAAAUCGGCGGAAUGUUAUAACUGUAAAGAAGAAAACAUCGCCAAUCUUCAAUAUAAACAUAAUACGACAGUUUAUAUUGAUACUAACUUUCCUUAUUUGAUAACCGCCAUCAAUACCACGGAUAAAAGUGUAAUUUGCAGAAAUCGUAGUUGUUCAGCUUACCAUUCAACGGAGAGCUUAAUUACAGAAGAUUUAGGGAAUAUUAAUGACAUAGACAGAAGAUUAGCACGCGUUAGCGAAGAAUCCAUUCACCCUCUGGCUCAAAGAAUUUAUGCCGUCGAUGCUUUUAGGGGACUUUGUAUUACAAUUAUGAUUUUCGUUAAUUCUGGUGGUGGAGGUUACUGGUAUUUUAGAUCUACUCCUUGGAAUGGCUUAACAUUUGCUGAUCUUAUUUUGCCUUGGUUUAUAUUCAUUGUUGGUAUUUGUAUUGCCUUAUCCUUCUAUAAUCAUCGCUAUAUUACAGCCAGUAGAUUGCCUCCUUCAUCUGCAGUACUUAAAGUUCUCAGUAGAUCGGUUAUUUUAUUCCUUAUUGGAUUAUUUUUGAACGACGGCGUAAAUCUAUCUACGUGGAGAAUCCCUGGUAAUUUACAAAAAGUUGCUAUUUCUUACAUAGUAGUGUCUCUAUCAGUUCUCUAUUUGGCUAAGCCUCCCGAUACCAUAACUAAUUUACGAGCCAUUCGAGAGAUAGUUUGUAUAUGGAAAAUCUGGAUUGGCAUGAUUGGACUAUUAUCUAUUUAUUUAUCAUUAAUUUUUGCUCUCCCUGUUCCAGGUUGCCCAACCGGAUACUUUGGACCCGGUGGACUUUCUGAUGACGCCAAUCACUAUAAUUGUACUGGUGGUGCGACAGGUUACAUUGAUCGUUUUAUAUUUGGUAACCACCUAGACGCAAAUCCAUCAUGCAAGGUCCUUUAUCGAACGCACAUGCCGUUUGAUUCAGAAGGAUGUCUGAGUACACUAACGUCAAUUUUAACUUGCUUUAUGGGUCUUCAGGUAGCCACAGGUGUUGCUCUUUGCGGAGGGAAACAAAAUAUGGGAUUUAUUCCGCUUAAUCGGAACUUAUGGUCGUUAUCCUAUAUCACGUUACUUGGUGGAUUAGCAUACUUUGUUCUCAUGAUGUUAUAUCUUCUGAUUGAUGUCAUGUCUUGGUGGCAUGGAAAUCCAAUCAUUUAUGGAGAUCAGAUGAUAUUUGCUGUAUGUAAUAAUCCAUAUGGUGAAGAUUGUAAUGCUUUGUUAUUCAAAAUGAAAUUUUAUCGAAGAGUUCUUUGA